AUGGCGGACAUAAAGCAUUGGGCAGUUUACAUAGGACGUCAUGAAGAUGUUCCACUUGUUGUUCAUCUCUCCGGUGGCGAUGGAGAUUUUGAUAAAUUAAGUGGAAGCACGUUGGACUCGCUCAGCAGUGGGUCAAGUGGUAUAUCGAAAGCAUGUACCGCCCAGGUGCGUUGUGACCCAUUGAUAGCAGUGGCUGGUGAAAAUCUGGUGCGAAUCAACAAUGCCCAUGACAUUGAUCACCAGCCAUUUCCUCCGAGGAUAGUUGUAGAACGAGCCACACUGCAGCUGGGUUCUGGAAAUUACAACAUCUUUUUGAACAACUGCGAGCAUUUUGUGAAGUGGUGCCGUUAUGGAAAUAGGAUCAGUGGACAG